AUGAAUAAUUUAUCAUCGAAUUUCAUUAUGUCUUAUCAUCAAUGGUCAACUAAUAAAAUUAUUCGUAUUGUUAUAUUAGCAAUUAUAAUGUUUAUAACUUUAAUUGGUAAUAGUUAUAUUAUAUAUGAAUUAUUUUAUCAUCGUCGAUAUCGAACACGUUUACAUUUAUUUAUUUUGAAUUUAGCUAUUGGUGAUUUAACAAUAUGUUUAUGUACGAUGACAUCAGAAUUAUUUCUUUUAAUUUUUGAUCAAGAAUGGAUUUUAGGAAAUCUUGCUUGUAAAUUAACACUUUAUAUUCAAGUUGUUACACUUGCUUCAACAACAUUUAUUAAUGUUGCAAUGACAUACGAUCGAUAUGAAGCAAUUUGUUGUCCACUUCGAUCACGUACAACUAUCCGUCGUAUACAUCGUAUUAUAAUUUUAUGUUGGUUAAGUUCAUUAAUAACAGCUAUACCACAAUUAUUUAUAUUUGAACAAAGUUUAAUAAAAGGAAGUUUAACAAAAUAUCGUUGUGCUAGUACAGGUUAUACAGCUGAAUGGCAACGUCGAAUUUAUUUUACAACAUUUGCUUGUUAUAUUCUUAUUAUACCAGCUUUUUGUAUGGCAAUAUGGUAUAUAAAAAUAAUAGAUGUUGUUAUAUCAUCAACAAAUACUUGGAUACAAAUUGUACCAGGUCAAAAAACAAAAACAAUAAUUCUUUCAUCAUCUUUUGCUAAAAUUAAAACAAUUCAAUUAGCUAUGACUAUCAUUAUUAUAUUUGUUGUUUGUUGGACACCUUAUAUGGUUAUUACUUUAAUUGAAAUUUAUUCUAAUGGUCAUUUACGUAUACCAUCAUGGCUUGAUGGAGUUUUACAAACUAUAUGUUUAGUACAAAGUAGUCUUAAUCCAUUUAUUUAUAUAAUAUUUAAUCAAAGACGAAAACAUCCACCAAUAAUUGUUCUUGCUUUAGCACGAACAAAUUUACGAAUAUCUCAUCGAAGACGAACUCAAUAA